GUUGCUCUCACUCGCCACCAAAGUUACUUGUUCUUAAGCAUGUCUUCAAGUGACGCUCAAAACUCGGCCUCUGGCUCGCAAGACCCAACGUCUUUUUUACGUUCGGCCACUUUCUCGCGUGAUGGACCAGCAGUGUCUGUGGAGAAUGCUGUAACGGCUAACGACCUGCUCCUGGGUGCAUACGACCCGGCCAAAUUACACCCUCUAGCUCAACUUGGGGAUCAAUUAGACUAUCUUGUACUAGAUGAUGAUAAGACGAGCGAGUUGCCGGGGGCUGGCACUGCUAUACCUUCUCGAGGUUGGAGUGAUGAUCUGUGCUACGGAACGGGGACAAUGUAUCUCAGCGGUCUGGCAUUGGGUGGCUUUUGGGGUGUGAGUGAAGGCGCUCGCAGACCUUUAGCCGUAUCAAAUUCCCGCCUCCGGAUCAACAGCGUUCUCAAUUCUGUCACGCGAAGAGGGACGUUCAUAGGUAACUCGGCUGGUGUACUUGCCCUUGUCUAUAACGGAAUCAACUCUACCAUUGACUCUUUUCGCGGAAAACAUGACACAGCCGGUAGCAUGGCUGCGGGUGCAUUAACAGGCGCCCUCUACAAGUCGACAGCCGGAGUAAAACCCGCUCUUGCAGCAGCAUCAGUGAUCUCAGGAGUGGCAGGGAUUUGGAGCUAUGUGAAGAAGAGCGUAUGAUAGACCCCUGUAACAUAUAGACACUUCCCUAAUAUUUGGUUACCUAUGUGAGAUUUAUUCUCGGUU